AUGAUUCAGUACAAUUUUUGCUUAUUACAAUAUUACAUAAUAAUUUUACUAAGUUAUACUUUCAAUGAAAUUGAUGCUAAACAACAUAAACGUAUGUACCAACCUCUCUCGUUGGAACUAAUCCAUUAUAUCAAUUAUGAGGCCAAUACGACUUGGAAAGCUGCUCCUACUACAAGAUUUAGGACAGUAUCUGAUAUUCGUAGAAUGUUAGGUACACUUCCAGAUCCAAAUAAUGAACAACUAGAGACUUUAUGUGCUGGUUACACAUCAGAUGAAUUACCCAAGAGCUUUGAUGCGAGGGUAGAAUGGCCACAUUGUCCUUCUAUCUCUGAAAUACGUGACCAGUCAUCUUGUGGUUCUUGUUGGGCAUUUGGGGCAGUUGAAGCUAUGUCUGAUCGUAUUUGUAUAAAAUCAAAAGGGAAGCAUAAGCCAUUUUUAAGUGCAGAAAAUCUAGUAUCUUGUUGUUCAUCCUGUGGAAUGGGUUGUAAUGGUGGUUUCCCACAUUCAGCAUGGUUAUAUUGGAAAAACCAAGGUAUAGUAACAGGUGAUUUAUAUAAUACAACAAACGGUUGUCAGCCCUAUGAAUUUCCACCGUGUGAACACCAUGUGGUCGGUCCAUUACCUUCAUGUGGUGAUGAUGUUGAAACACCUCCAUGUAAAACAACUUGCCAACCAGGAUAUAAUAUAUCAUAUGAGAAGGAUAAAUGGUAUGGUGAAAAAGUCUAUCGCGUUCAUUCAAAUCCAGAAGCUAUCAUGCGAGAGCUAAUGCAAAAUGGACCAGUUGAAGUAGAUUUUGAAGUGUAUGCCGAUUUCCCAAAUUACAAAUCAGGUGUUUACCAACACGUUAGUGGAGCCCUACUUGGUGGACAUGCAGUGCGUUUACUUGGUUGGGGUGAAGAGAAUAAUGUACCCUACUGGUUAAUUGCUAAUUCAUGGAAUAGUGAUUGGGGGGAUAAUGGUUAUUUUAAAAUAGUUCGUGGCAAAAAUGAAUGUGGGAUUGAAAAUGAUGUCAAUGCUGGAAUACCGAAAACAAAAUACUAG